AUGUACUUCGACGGCUCCCUCAACCUCAACGUUGCCGGUGCAGGCAUCCUCUUUCAUCUCCCCGAGAGGGCGGCACAAGGCGGCUACACUCAUAUAUUCGUCGCCAUUGACAAGUUCACCAAGUGGAUCGAGGUGAAGCCAGUCUCAUCCACAUCAGCAGCCAAGGCAGUUGAGUUCAUUGAAGAAAUAACACACCGGUUCGGAGUGCCCAACCGGAUUACCACAUACUUGGGAUCCUCCUUCACUAGAUCAGAAUUCUGGGACUUCUGCCAGGAGAGCUGCAUUGAUGUAUACUAUGCCUCCGUGGCUCACCCCAAGUACAAUGGCCAGGUGGAGCGCGCCAACGGCUUGAUCCAACAGGGGCUCAAAGCCAGGAUCUUUGACCCGAUCGAAAAUAUGGCUCCAAAUGGAUCCAAGUACCACCCAGAGUAG